AUGUUCACCGUACCUGUACCAAAAGCUCAGCUGCAGAAGCAAACUCUUUUUACAUCUAAUGAAACUGCUGGAAACGUUUACAGGGUCGCUGCUCUUCUGUAUGAGAGAGAAAGUAAAACUUUAUUUGCCUUUGCAGAGCAGAGGAAGACUUCAGAUGAUGCCAGUGGAGAAAAGCUGGUUAUGAGAACAGGAAAGAUCAAGGAGGGAUCCUCUAAGAAGACGGUUCAGUGGUCAGAGCUCAAAGAGGUGGAAAAGGCACUUAUCAAAGGAUACCGUCCAAUGAACCCCUGCCCGGUGUAUGACAAGGUCAACAACAAACUAGACGCUAUCACUGAAAUGUACCAGAAAGAAAACUGUGACAACAGGACCCGUCUCUGCUUCAUCACAAGUGAGGAUCUCGGAGAAACCUGGAGCGAUGUGACCGAUUUGACGUACGAACUGAGUGAAAUAAAAAACUGGUCCACAUUUGCUGUUGGGCCAGGCCAUGGGAUUCAAACAGAGAGUGGUAGACUGAUUAUCCCAGUUUAUGCUUAUUGCACAAGUACUUGCCUCUUGCAUUGCUGUUGUAAACCAGUUGCAUGUUUGUUCGGUUGCUGUUGUAAAUCGUAUGCACUCUCACUGUAUAGUGAUAAUCAUGGUGAAAACUGGAAAUUUGGUGAACUGUUUAAUACGGUAUCAGUUGAGUGUGAAAUGGCUGAACUUUCCAAAGACCACAUCUACUGCAACGCCUGUAAUGUGGGCAGCUAUCGAGUGGAAGCAGUUAGUGAUCAUAAUGGAGUUAAGUUCAACAUUCUCCAACCUGGAAACAAGCUUAUGGAAACAGGUUCAGGCUGUCAGGGAAGUGUGAUCUCCUUCCCAGCUCAACAAGAAAGUGCAAACACAGAAAGUGACCCCAGCCAGAACCUUGUAAAGUGGCUGCUGUUCACGCACCCAACCAGUCCGAAAGACAGGGUUGAGUUAGGAGUGUAUCUGAACAUGUAACCACCUCAGAUAAAAGCAUGGAUCAAACCCUGGAUCAUUAAUGAUGGACCCAGUGGUUACUCAGACCUGGCUUACAUUGAUGAUGGCUGCUUUGCAUGUCUGUUCGAGUGUGGGCAGCAGGAAAUACAUGAGCAGAUAGCCUUUGUUGUCUUUCACUACACUGACAUCAAGGAAGGGACUGAACUGUAG